UGAUUGGCCGCGCCGCGGGACCGGUAACCCGGAAGCGGGAGCCGGAAGCUGGUGUCGGCCGCGGGAACGGAAGAGUCCCGGCCCGUGUCCUGAGCAGCCGGCAUGGAGGGGGGCGGCAGGGCCGGCCCUGCGUGUAAACAUCACAGCCAUGGCCCCCAUCAACCUCAAGCACAGAGUUGGCAUAGCAUCCAUAAAGAUCAAUCAAAAAUACAAACAGUAUUUCCACUUGUGGAGGACUACAGUAGCUGUGAUAUUGUCAAAGCUACACAAUAUGGCAUAUUGGAGCGGUGCAAGGAAUUGGUGGAAGCAGGAUAUGAUGUCAGACAACCAGACAAAGAAAAUGUGACACUUCUUCAUUGGGCAGCAAUAAACAACAGACUGGAUCUUGUAAAGUUUUAUAUUUCCAAAGGUGCAGUAGUGGAUCAACUAGGUGGAGAUUUAAAUUCAACUCCACUUCACUGGGCCAUUAGGCAAGGGCAUUUAUCUAUGGUAAUACUGUUGUUAAAUUGUGGAGCAGAUCCCACUCUUAUUGAUGGUGAAGGAUACAGCAGCAUUCACUUAGCAGUGGUCUUUCAGCAUAUGCCCAUAAUAGCUUAUCUCAUAUCAAAAGGCCAGAGUGUAGACACAACAGAUUUCAGCGGACAAACACCUCUUAUGCUGUCAGCACAGAAAGUAAUUGGACCAGAACCCACCAGAUUUCUUUUAAAGUUUAAUCCUUCUCUCAGUGCUGUAGACAAAAUUCAGAAGAAUACUGCAUUGCAUUGGGCAGUUACAGCAGGAAAUGUUAAUGCUGUAGAGCUACUUCUGGAUGCUGGAUCUAAUUUGGACAUCAAAAAUAUCAAGGGAGACACACCGCUUGACCUUGCUCACCAUAUUCAAAAUCGCUUGAUUAUUCAUAUGCUAACUCAAGAAGAAAAAAUGAGAAUCAGAAAAAACUCCAGGUUACUCAGGAUGUUAGCAAAAUAUGAGUUUUUCCUGCUGUUGCUGUCUUCCUUGACACUGAUGUGGGCUAUAGGAUACAUAAUGGACUUGAAUUCCGAUUCUUGGCUUUUGAAAGGAAGUCUGCUUCUCUUCAUAUUUUUGGGGAUAAGUCUGCUUACAAGGCAAUUUGUGGGGCUCAAGAACCUAAAAUAUUUACCAGCAAUUUUCAUGCUAAGUUCCAUUUUUUGGGUGUCUAUGACCUGGUUUGUCUGGUUCCUGCCUGUACAUUUAGCAGACACAAUUUUCCAGAUCCCCUUCAUCCUCAGUGUGGUGGGUCUUCUUUACUAUUUCUACAAAUCAUGGAGAACUGAUCCUGGAUACAUUAAGAUUUCCGAAGAAGAAAGAAGAAAGAGUAUUGUUACUCUUGCAGAAGCUGGCCACUUGGAUUUCAGAACAUUUUGCACAUCAUGUCUUGUAAAAAAGCCUUUGAGAUCUAUGCAUUGCAUUGCUUGCAACUCAUGUACUGCUAAAUAUGACCAACAUUGUUUGUGGACUGGACAAUGUAUAGGUGUUGGCAACCAUUAUUAUUUCAUCUUGUUUCUGCUCUUCCUAACUAUGGUGGGAGUCUGGAUGGUAUAUGGAACUCUUCUCUAUUGGUCAGAACAUUGUGCAACAACUUACCAGCAAGAUGGAGCGUGGACUUAUUUUACACAGAUAGUGUCUUGUUCUCCAUGGGUUUUGUAUAUUUUUACACUAGUGUGUUUUCAUACUUCCUGGGCUUCGUUGAUGCUAAUUACUCAGCUUUAUCAGAUUGCAUUUCUGGGCUUGACCUCGCAUGAGAGACUAAAUCUCAUAAUACAAAGCAAGUGUUCUAAGCAUGCUGUUUCUCUGAGGAAAACUCCAUACAAUCACGGAUGCUUCCAGAACCUUGCAGACUUUUUUCAGUGCAGUUGCUUUGGUAUGUUCAAGCCCAACAUAAUCGACUGGACUAAACAAUAUACUCUAACAUUUCAUCCAGAAAAAGGUAAAAACGUUCACUCUGUAUGAAGAAAAGCAACAUCAAAUUAGAGCUGAGCUGAAAGCUAAAUAAAACUGGAUAUUCUUUAUAUUGUUUGCAAGUUAUUCUGAAACUCUUGCCUUAAUUUUUUAUAUUGUUACUAUUGUUUAAAUAGUAAAAUUAAAUGAUCAUAAAGUACAGCAAAACAGAAGUGAAAGAAUUGCUGUAGUGGUAUAUAUUUUCAACUGAAACCAUUUGAAAUUUCAUAUAACAAUGAGAUGUCACUCAAAAUAUAUUUUUGAGAUUUUUAUACAGCACUCCAGAAUUUUUAUUUAAUACCUUUUUGAUUAAUUUUUCAGAUUCAUGUCUACAAACAACACAUUUAAGGGAAAUAAAAUAUUUUUAACAUUUUUGAAUUGGCUAUUUCAAAAAGUUUUUAAUAGUUUUGUAUUUUUGAUAACUUAUUUGUCUUUAUACCUAUGUAAAUCUGUACAGAAUCACUGUUUAGACUUACUGUUUGCCUUCACAUUAAAUAAAUUAGCUUUCAUGCUU